AUACUUUGCGUGUCCGAAUAAUAGUAGGAAUUAUCUCCAUUCGGAGUAGCCUACGAUCAUGGUCACAACUCUGCCAUGGCAACCUCCACUCCUCUUAAGGCCCCGCCAUCAUCGCCGCCAGGCCAUGCCCGUCAGGGCCUUCAGGCUCAGCGACAUCGACGGCUUCGCGAAGCGAAUGGCCUCGGGCGAGGCCUUGAGGGACGCGUGGCGUAGCGCUAACGACGGCUUCGAUCAGCUCGUCUUCGAGGCCAAGAAGGCUUCCGAGCGCCUCGACCGCCGCUUCUCCGUGUCCCGACGCCUCAGCUCCGUCGCCCGCUCCGCCGCCGACCGCGCCCGCGACUUCGACAGGGAGUUCGAGAUCAGCCCUCGGUGGCGCACUUUCUCUAUGGACUUCAGCAGGAACUUGCCGAGGUACAGGAAGCAGCUCAAUGAUUUUCUGAACACUCCAUUAGGAAGAAGUUUCGCGACAAUUUUCUUCCUCUGGUUUGCAUUGUCUGGAUGGCUUUUUCGGUUCUUGAUAAUCGCAACAUGGGUACUGCCAUUUGCUGGUCCUCUUCUCAUUGGUGCUAUUGCCAAUAACCUCGUUAUAAAGGGGGCUUGCCCAGCUUGUAAGAGGCAAUUUGUUGGUUACAAGAACCAAAUAAUCCGUUGCACAAGCUGUGGAAACACUGUAUGGCAGCCGAAGGGGGACUUCUUCUCCAGAGGUGGCAGAGGAAACACUACUUCAAAGUCGGAGCCUGAGAUUAUUGACGUUGAUUUUGAGGAGAAAUGAAGGGAUUCCCAAGUGAUGGUGCCAUGUCAGUUCGCUCUUCGGGGACGUCGUAUACAGAGAGAGCAAAAAGAAUGCAAUACUUUCCAGUGUUCUUUCCUUCUGAUAUUUAGUCUGGUUAUACUUUUCGUGUUAGUGUUAACUCUGCCUCCUGUAAUUUCAGAGUGCUUAUAGAGAUUGUUGAAUAUUGUCAAAUCUGUAUAUCGUUCUUUUCACUAGGAAUACCACAGCCUCUCGUUGCUUACAGAAGAUCUUCAUAUUGAUGGUUGGCAGUCUUAUGAUCCCAA